UCUCAAGAACGGGACCUUUAAUGACACCGAUAAGGAUUCGAGCAUUUUAUUGUGAGGUUAUAUUUUGCGACACACGAUAUUACUAACACACGGCGUCAUCAACUAUUUCUACCGAGGACACGCGUACACAUGCACACAGGUUAAGUUAUACGUUUUUCGACUGAUAAAAAACAUAUAAACAUUAAGAAGAACAAAACAAAUAUUAUGAGUAAUGUUAAAGAAAUGAUAUUGGACGAAAAUUGUAUUAAUCAUUCUAAAGAUAUUAAAAUUACCUGCAGAGAUGAUCUAACCCCGUAUUUUAAAGCCUGGAAUCACAGCAACAAUAAAGUUCACUUGUCAAAGGUACCACAAAUAUGUAAGGAUGAACCGUGUCAGCUUGGUAUCGACGAGGCUGGACGUGGGCCAGUCCUUGGGCCCAUGGUUUAUGGAAUUUCUUACGCACCUUUAUCCGAAAAACAACUUCUCGUGGAUCUAGGUUGUGCUGAUUCCAAGAGUUUGACAGAGGAAAAAAGAGAUACAAUUUUCGAUAAAAUUUGUGAACAGUACAAGACAAUAGGUUGGGCUGUGGAUGUCAUAUCUCCUAAUGUUAUUUCAAAUAGCAUGUAUCGUCGGGUAAAGACUUCUCUAAACGAGGUGUCUAUGAAUUCUGCGAUUGAGCUAGCUAAAUUAGUGAUUGAAGCUGGUGCAAGGAUCACGGAGAUCUAUGUAGAUACGAUAGGUAAGCCAGAAAAGUAUCAAGCCAAAUUGGAGCAAAUUUUUCCAGAUAUAAAGAUAACAGUCGCAAAAAAGGCCGACUCCACGUAUCCUAUUGUCAGUGCUGCCAGUAUUUGCGCUAAAGUCUCUCGUGAUCAUGCUAUAAGAGCUUGGCAAUUUCUCGAAGGAUCGAUAAUGACAGAAUACGGAAGUGGAUAUCCAAAUGAUCCAGAGACUAAAAAGUGGCUAUCCGAAAAUGUGGAUCCCGUAUUUGGGUUUCCGCAUAUUGUCAGAUUCAGCUGGUCUACCGCUGAAAAGAUUCUGGAAUCAGAUGCCUUAUCUGUUGAAUGGGAAGAAAUGGAAGACGUAAGGAAUCCUGGGGAGCAAAAGAUUUCCAGUUUCUUUGCCAAAUCACCAGAUAAAUCUUUCAAAUCUCAAAAAAAGCGGCAUCAAUUUUUUACCGAAAGAUGCCUCUUCAAUACUUCCUCAUUAUGAUUUUUCUAAUUUAUAUACGAUACAAGUAAUAUAUACACCCACACACACACAUACAGAAUUACAAUUAAAAAGCUAUUUCGAACUAAAACUUUUGUCUGAUCCAUCGAUGUAAACGCCGUUUUAUUUAUCAGAACGUUAAGUUAAAGAUAAAAGUUCAAUUUAUGUACAUAUGUACAGUGUGCAUUCUUACAGUAAAAUACGAUAUGCAAAGAGUGGUUUUCCAACUCACUCAAUGUAUUUUACUUGUAAUUAACAAUUAGGAAUGUUAUUUAGCAUAAAAUGUUCUUUGGUAAAAUACACUCUACAUUCACACGCGUACACACGAUUCACAAUAAUUUCUAGAAUAACAUACAUAUCUCUGCAGUUGAUUAAUAGCGACUAGAUUGAUAAAAGCUAUGUCAAGAACACUCUCACCGAAUUAAAAUGUUUUUUGCUCUCUCAUGCGACUGGACGAUAAAAACACUCGUGUACAAUUAGAAUAUAAAUAUGCUCGGCAUUCAUUCGUUCAUUCAUUCAUUCAUUCGUUCAUUGUUAUUGAUUAUUAUUUGUUCAUUCAUUUUGUGAUUCAUUUCUUUAACAAUAAAAGACAAUAAAAAAGAAAAGGAAAGAAAAGUACAUAGAGCGGCAAUUUCAAGAAUCUGAAGAUACAAACAUAGAUUUAUAAAUCGAGUUUGUUUUUUAAACUUUGUUUUCUUGUAUCAACAAUUGAAUAAAAUCUUUUUUUCAAGUAA